AUGGUAGAAGAAAAGAAAACUACUCAAGCAACACCAAGAGUUGAAGAGGAAGUUAAAUCAUAUUAUUAUCCAGAUAGAGAUGCAGAUAUGGAAGAGGUUGGACGUGGAUAUUCAAUAUGGAGAAAUAAUACAUUCCGUACUAUGGUAUUAGGAUUAACACCAUUGGUUAUAAUAAAUUUCAUUUACCUCUAUAAUAAUAGUGCUAUAUUAAUUGACAUUUUCGAUAAAUUUCAAACCAUGGUAUUGGAAGAGAUGUCAAAUCAAGAUCCAACCAAUAUUUACAUUAUAAUAACAUUGGCAUUCUUGUCAUUAUUAGGAUUGGAAUUGGUAAUUAGUGUAUUUUUAUCAAAGAGAAGAAGAGAGGUUUACUUGGUUGAUUUCAGUGUAUUCCAACCACCAGAGCAAUACAAAAUUUCACAUGAAUUCUUUGUUGAGCAUACAAAGAGUGUCGGAUGGUUCGAUCAAGAUUCAGUGGAUUUCCAAACUAAAUUAUUGUAUCGUACAGGUUUGGGUAAUGAGACUUACUUCCCAGCAGGUAUCACCAAAAAGUCACCAGACGUAUCGAUGGAGAGUGCACGUGAGGAGGCUCAAUUGGUGUUGUCAGGCUGUUUGGAUUCAUUGUUUGCAAAGACUGGUUUGAAACCACAAGAGAUCGAUAUCCUCAUUGUCAAUUGCUCCCUUUUCAAUCCAACACCAUCACUCGCUGCAAUGAUGAUGAAUAGAUAUAAGAUGCGUUCAGAUGUUUUAAGUUAUAAUCUAUCUGGUAUGGGUUGUUCUGCUGGUGCAAUCUCUAUUGAUUUGGCUAAACAGUUAUUACAAGUCCACAAGAAUGCCACCGCCGUUGUAUUAUCCACCGAGAAUAUCACACAAAAUUGGUAUCGUGGUAAUGAAAGAGCAAUGUUGGUCACCAAUACCCUCUUCCGUAUGGGUGGUGCUGCAAUUAUGUUAUCCAAUAAAUCAAAAUACUAUUGGACUGGUAAAUAUCGUUUGGUCGCAAGUGUUCGUGUCACUAAAUGUCACGAUGCCGCCUACAAUGCCGUAUACCAAACCGAGGAUAAUAAAGGUAACAAAGGUGUUAGAUUGGCAACAGGUAGGGAUUUAAUGACUGUGGUUGGUGAUUGUAUGAAAACUAAUUUCACUAUCUUGGGUCCAAUGGUUUUACCAUGGAGUGAACAAAUCAAAUUUUUCGUAAACUUUUGUCAUAGAAAAUUGGUUGGUGGUAAAAAAGUACCUGCAUACGUACCAAACUUUAAAAAAGCUUUCCAACAUUUUUGUAUUCAUGCUGGUGGUCGUGCCGUCAUUGACGGUCUCGAAGAGAACUUUAAUCUCUCUCCAUAUGAUGUUGAACCUUCAAGAGCUACCCUCUAUCGUUAUGGUAACACCUCUUCUUCCUCAAUUUGGUAUGAAUUAAACUUUAUCGAAAAGCAACAUUCAGUUAAAUGUGGUGAAAAAGUUUUACAAUUAAGUUUUGGUAGUGGUUUCAAAAUGAACUCUUUAGUUUGGCAAUCAAUUAGAGAUAUUGGUCCAUCAAAAAAAAAGAAAUUAAAUUGA